CAGCGGGUGAGACCCCAUCCCGCCCCCCCCGCCGGAGGGACUAGCCUCCCGAGCGAGCAGCGCAGGCCUGCCCGGCUAUGAUGCUGCCCGCGGCCGGUCCCAGCCCCGGGGUGACCUGCGGGCUUGUGCUCGUCGCUGCCGUGCUCCUGCAGUCCGUCUGCGUGGCCGUCACCUUCCUCUACUUCACCAACGAACUGAGACAGCUCCGGGACACGUACUCCAAGAGCGGCAUUGCUUGUCUCACUGGGGAGGAAAUGGGAAAUUUCAUCCAAAACUUGGAUCUAAUUGAAAGCGAAGACAGAGCGGCUGAUCCCUGCUGGCAAGUGAAGUGGCACCUGGGAAAGUUAAUUAAAAAGAUGAUGUCAAGAAGCUACAAGGAAAACAUAUCUGCAGUCAAUGCUGAAAGAGCUCUGACUCUGUCACAGAGUGAGGGGCAGCAGCCACUUACUCCCAUCAACAGGAUCGCAGCGCAUCUGACGGGCAACAGCAAUAGGAAGAAUUCCCCAGCCCCACGCAUAGAUUCCUUGCCCAGAAGAGGCAAUGGACACAAAAUAAGCAACUGGGAGUCGAGGAAGGGCCACUCUUUCCUUUACAACGUGGAGCUGAGGAAUGGCGAGUUGGUGAUACCCCAGACAGGCUUUUAUUACAUCUACUCACAAACCUAUUUUCGUUUCCGUGAAAACGAGGACGAGGAUUCAGAUUUGUUGGGACAAAUCAGGAACCCCAAACAGCUUGUCCAGUACGUUUACAAACUGACUAAUUACCCAGAGCCCAUUUUGCUCAUGAAAAGUGCAAGAACAAGCUGCUGGUCCAAAAAGGCGGAAUAUGGACUUUACUCCAUUUACCAAGGCGGUGUCUUUCAGCUGAAAAGAGAGGACAGGGUUUUUGUCUCUGUCAGCAACAGUGACAUAGUUGACAUGGACAAAGAAGCAAGUUUUUUUGGAGCCUUUAUGAUUGGUUAAAAGAUUGUAACCAUAAGAAGACAGUUUUCCUAGUCAGAACCAUCUUAAAACUCUUUCAAAUCGGGGCUGAUAAGGAGAAGCUGUAGCAAUACCAGCAAUAGCAGACUCCCCUUUCUCGGCUCAUUCAGCACGAGGCCUGCCUCUGCAAACUGCUCUUCCACCAGCAGAAGCUGGCUGCAGCUCAGAUGGUGAUGCUUUAUCCAGGCAUGGGCACCAUGGCUUGCUGCCCAGCCAGGCUGGGGAUGUGUGAGGAUUUGACAUACCACAGAUGAUACUUUUGGCCAGAACUCCAGCCAAGUAACAAGAGCUCACCACCACCUCCAGAGAGAUGCUCCACACCAGCUCAGUCACAGCAAGCGGGUUGGAAGAUCCUCCAGGUCUGGUUACUCAAGGCUGAGACUGAACAUCAGAUUCCUUUCAUGGUCUCUACUGGGACCCCAUCUUGAAUAUCUUGGCUCCUGUAAGCAGCCUUUGCAAGGACUGCUUCCUGGAUGCCCGUGGAAUUGCUCUGGAAAAUUUUUGUUUGAGUUUGUCAGAAGUUGAAAGGCUCAGCAACUCGAAGGGCACGUCUUCAUCUCAUCUAACAAAGCACUUAAGCACCUAAUUAAUUUGGAGCACCCCAACAGCCUGACUCAAUCAGGCUAUUUACAUGCUUGAAAUUAAAUAUGUGCUUAAGCAUUUUUCAGGAUGGGGGCUUGAGUAAACACAUUUGUCUUAAUCCGGAUAUCGUACAGAAAAGCAGCUGCUGAAAUGGCACCAAAGAGGUUUCGAGAUCAAUCAGUGUUUUGAUCAGCACAUGAUGAUGGUGCCUAUUUACUUAAGUGCUGUGCUGCAGAGAUUUCACUGGGCUUCCCAUAGGUUCAGUAAUGUGCUUGCUGUUACACUUGUUGACAGCAAGUACUUGAGUCAGGAAAAAAAAAACCCAGAACAAAAGUGUU